UUACUUUAUUUACUUUAUUUUUAUUAAUGUGAGAUACAUAUAUACAUGCAUAUUAUUAUUUUAAUUGUGAUAUAUGAAUUAUUAAUGUGAGGACGUCCAUUCGGAUCACAUAUGAAAUCGAAAGGUGUGUAUUUAUUGUAAGAUAUACAUUUUUUCCACCUAAAAUGUUGUAUUUGAAUUUUUCUAAUUAUGAGUAUUUCUCAGUUCGUCUAAAAAACGAUCAACCAACAUUCAAACCGAAACUCUAUGACUGUAAGUUUAUAUGGAUUAUGAUAACAUUCUUUUUUGAAUAACUAUUUGUAUAACUAAGUGGGUUUCACAUUUAAAUAAACAGGUGGUUGUGAUAUUUGCGACUCUUAUGGUAAGAAACGUUACACCAGUAUCUAUAUCUUACCUUAUAUCAUGUUAAACUAAUUUUUUUAAAACAUAUUAGUCAAACAAAAAAAUGCACGUAAAUGAGAAGGGCUAUUACUAAGUUCUGAUCACUGAUUUAUUUUAAAAUAACUUCAGGCUCCCCAACUCGAAAAAUCUCAUCGCAUCUACAUUUCCUCUUCGGAAAAAUGUCCACCAUCUUAUCUACGAUUUCCAUUUUCCUAUCCUAAGACCUUAGUAUUUGUUCUUAGUAACGAUAAUAACUUUCCUCUGCUUCUGCACAUGAGUUAUACCAAACUUUUAUUCCAUAACUGAUCUACUUUACUCUGGACAACUACAAAAGUUUGACAAAUCAAACAACAUAAAAGUUGAUGCGCAUGAACCUCCAGCAUUCCCAUUGUUUUGGAAAAUACAACACUCUCAUUCCAAAUUCUUAUUAUGAUGUUUACUAACUUUAGGAUUGCUAAUUUACAGAAUUUCUACUGUACUAAGAAAUGCAAUAGAAAAUAAGCAAGAAAAAAUGUGAUUACUAAAAAAUCUAUUUUAUGUCCACAUAUGUGUGCAACUGACUAUAUAGGGUGAAAACAAAUAGUUUAUAUAAUCAACCUAAAAUGAAAAAUAAAAAAUUAUAAAAAUGAUAAAAAUAAACUCAACCUAGAUAAUCAUAUAACAAUAAAUAAUAAUAAAUUUAUUAAAAGAUUAUAAUACCACACAAAAUAUAUUUAAUCUCAUUUUCCGCGCAUAGCGCGGACGAACACUCUAGUUCACGAUAAAAACUCGACGUGUGAUGUCGGGUGCUUCUUUUCGUUUUGGUUUUAGUGUGAUGGGCUUGGAAGUCCAAGUGUCUUUAUCUUUACUUUGUUUUUCUAGUUUGGACCUUCGGCUUUGUAUCCGUUGUAGAUAUAUGGGUUUUGUACUCGUUGGUUUUAGCCUUUUAAUAAAAAUUAGAUGGAAAAAGAAAACUUAACAUAGUUUAUUGCUAUUUUCAAAAUCACGGCAUAUAGUCCGUAUUCAAAGCUACCUUAUAACGGAGUUUAUUGGUAUUAUUCGCAUAUCCUAAAACGGGUUUAAAAUAUAUCACAAAAUGAUACAUAUUUCGUUGAAUAUUAAUCAUAAGAGAAUAACUAAUUAGCAAUCAGAUAAAUAAAUUUUAAACAGUGUUAUCUCUUAACAUUACCAUUAUUUUAACAGCACCGUAAAUGGGCAUAACAUUUUAUGGGAAAUGCAUAUAAGGAAGGAGUGAGCUGGCUCAGGAUAAGGGCUAACAAUACAUUUUUCUUUCAGUUCUUAUCUUCUUCUCCUUUGUAAUAAUAAUCAAGAUUUGAUUUGUAAUGUCAAAAGAAUAAAAAAGAUUUGAUUAGUUAUUUUUCUUUGUAUUCUUUCCUUAUGUAAAACAGACGAACAAAGUUACACACACGGAAACAGAAACUCAAAUAUAAAGAUCCCACUCUCUCUUCUAUGAGAAAAUACUGAUUAUGAUGGAUAAGUUUGGCAGGUCCUUCUCGUCUUCUUCUCCGAUCGGCAAGAAUAGUGAUGACGAAGGAAGAGAAAAUGAAGCUGAAUCUCCUUACAAGGGUCCCCUUGAUACGAUGGAAUCUCUCGAAGAAGUUUUACCCAUCAGGAGAGGGAUAUCCAAGUUCUACAAUGGGAAGUCCAAGUCUUUCGCCAGCUUAAACAAUACUGAAUCCUUGUCGAUGAAAGAUUUAGGGAGGCCAGAUAACCUUUACAGUCGCCACCGGAGAAAUCUUCUCCGUCACCAGCUUUUUAGUCGCGGUGGGAUCUCGAAGAAACCGCUCAAGGCCAACUUCACGGUGGUCUCUUCCUGCGGCGAUGAUUCGUCUUCAGCCUCUCAUUUAAAACAUCAGCAUUGACUGAUACCACUGAUAAGAAUAUCUCGGGGAAAUGGUUUUUUUGAGAAUUAAAAUUUUAAAAUAAAAAAGGCUGGAUUAAUAAGAAGAUGACACACACUGAGAGAUAUCUCAGUUUUUUGAAGUCUCUUCGCAAAUAAACGAUUAUAAAGAUUUGUCACUCUCUUUUCUCUUAAUUUUUUUUUAUUUUUAAUUCUGAAAACACACUGCCUAUGAGUACUCUGGCUGUAGUCUGUACUGCCCUUAUUCUUUGCGUAAUGAAAAAGUUGAAACUGUCUUUCAUAAA